AUGUCUGCGCCUACUAUAUGCAUGGGCCAGUACCUCUUUCAGAGAAUCAAGCAACUCGGCACAGAACAUAUCCUAGGCGUCCCAGGGGAUUUUAACCUCACUCUUCUCGAUGAAAUCUACAACGUCUCGGGGUUGAAAUGGAUUGGCUGCUGCAACGAGCUCAAUGGCGCGUAUGCUGCUGAUGGCUACACUAGGAUCAAAGGUUCGCCGGCUGUGCUGGUCACGACCUACGCCGUAGGGGAGCUGUCUGCGAUGAAUGGGGUGGCUGGAGCCUACGCAGAGCAUGCAGGCAUGAUUCACAUCGUGGGAAUGCCGGCACGGUCGCUGCAAAAGGCCCGAGCAAUGCUGCAUCACACCAUGAAAGCCAACAUGGAUCACGCAACCUACAUUCAUAUGGCAGCACCUAUCAGGGAGACACAUGCCUAUCUGAUGGAUGACAAGACGAUGGCUGAGGAGAUUGACCGAACCAUUGUCGCCUGCGUACGGAGUCGACUACCGGUCUAUAUCUACGUCCCUGUCGAUGCCGUGGCGGUGCAACUGGACGCAAAGCGACUGGACACGCCGCUGGACCUGAGUGUACAAAACAAGGACGACAAAAUUGAAGAUCAGAUUGUCAACGAUGUUCUCUCUCUGAUCAAGGAAGCUUCAAACCCAGUGAUCUUGGCCGAUGUGCUCACGAUCCGCCACGGCGGUCGGGAGUUGACCAGAGAGCUUGCCGAGCUCACCCAGUUUCCCUGUUACUCUACACCAUUGUCCAAAGGAGUCAUCGACGAAACUCUCCCUUAUUACCGUGGACUGUACAAUGGCAAAGUGUCCUUUCCCGGGGUGGCUGAGGGUAUCGAGGCCUCCAAUCUCGUCCUAAAUCUUGGGCCACUUCUCUCGGAUUCCAACACCGGGGGUUUCACACGGGAAAUCAAGGACGAGCAUCUUGUGCUCCUUGGACACGACUCUUGCCAGGUCAAAACCCAGAACUUUGAUGGCGUUCAUUUUCUGCCGAUCCUGAAAAAGAUCGUCUCAGAGCUGAAGGCAAACCCUCAGAAAUAUAACCUUCCACGCCCCACCAGAGCUCCGAAGACCGAGACACCCAUACUGAAUGACUUGAAGUCCGGAGAGAUAGAACAAUCGUACGUCUGGCAACGACUCGGUCGGUUCUUGAGGAGCGACGAUAUUCUUUUGGUAGAGUCUGGGACAGCUCAGUUCGGGAUGCCAGAUGCCACUUUCCCACCCAAUAUCAAGUAUAUCACGCAGACUUUCUGGUCAUCGAUCGGAUUCACGGUCGGUGCCUGCCUUGGCGCCAUGGUCGCGGCAAAGGAGCUCAAUGCUCCCGGACGUAUUGUCUUGAUCGUUGGCGAGGGAAGUCUCCAGAUGACGGUGCAAGAGAUUGGCUCCUACAUCCGUUACGGCUUCAAACCCAUCAUCUUUGUCAUCAACAACAACGGAUAUGCCAUUGAGAGAGCGAUCCACGGACCAAAGCAGGGUUACAACGACGUGAGCAUGAUGUGGGACCACCAGAAGAUGCUUGAUUUUUUCGGAGCAAGAGAGGAUAAUGGUGUCAAGGCAAAGAGUCGCGCCACAAAGACAGUCGAAGAGCUUGAGGCAGUCUUGAACGACGAUGAUUUCGCAAGUGGGAACAGCAUUCAGCUGUGUGAGAUAUUUAUGGACACAUUUGAUUAUCCGUGGAGGUUGACAGAGCAAAUUGCCAUUUCUAGAGCGCGGAUGAAGCGGGAGGCAGAGAAGCUGAGUGCGGCAUCCUGA